GGUUCGUUGAUCCGAAUUUUUUUGUGAUUUGUGUUGUGAAGAGUGAUUUCUGUCUACUGUGUUUGCGUUGCUGUGUUUAGAAUCUCACAAUUCAUUUGUAUUCGAUAAAAUCGUCUACAGAUAUUUAUUGAUCUAUUGUGAAUAUUUUUGUUCAACUGAAAGCUAUCUUUUACUAAAUAAUAUCCAACUUUUUGUUGUGUGCUCCAAGAAUUGUACUCGUGGAAUGAGAAAAGAACAGUGUCAUAUAAGAUAACCUCACCUUACAUUGAGAUUAAAAAAUCAAUUAAAAAAAGUUUUUAAACAGAAUGGGAAGUACAAAAGUGCUAGCGUGGGGUGAGUUCAGUUCGUCUCUGGCGUCGACGGUGCAAGCACUGCACGGUCAUGAGGAGCUGGUUGACGUCACUUUGGCAGCGGACGGCCGGUCGUUCCCAGCCCAUAAAUUGGUGCUCAGCGCUGCCAGUCCGCUACUCAUGGAUCUCCUCAAGAACUCAGGCUGCCAGCACCCAGUGGUGUUGCUGGCGGGGAUAACGGCACGUGACCUCGAGGCCCUGCUUCAGUUUGUCUACCAGGGCGAAGUGAGUGUCGAUCCAAACCAGCUGCCUUCCCUGCUACAGGCUGCCAACUGUCUCGACAUACAGGCGUUCCUGUCCAUUGCACUUUCCGAGGACUUGUACAGCAGUAGUCAAAACGACGAGGCGAUGAUGUCACAGAGCAUGAUGUCACCGACACGCAAACGACGCAGAAAGCAUAAACGGAUGCCCGAACACAAAAUGGAGACGGAAGCACACGAAUGGCACCAGCCGACGUCCGCUGUCAGCCAUUCGACGUCCAUUGAGUGCCAAACGGACUCGCUGGACGAGAACAUCAUCGAGAACCACCAUUUGUGCAUGGAGAGCGGAUCGGCCGCUGAGAACAGUGGAUCGGAAACAAUUGAAGAAACGACGAUUUGUAUUGACGGACAGAUGACGACACUGCGACGCAUGCCAUCCGACCAGCCGGCCGAGUGCCCAGUAUGUGGCGCCUUCAUCAAGCAGUCGCGUAACCUGAAGCGUCACAUCCAGAUCAAGCAUCGCGACGCGCACAUCCAGUUUGCCGCCGUCCGCAAAAGGCGCAGAAAAACAUCGGCCUCCGCCUCCACCGCCGCCAACGCCUCCACCGCCCCAACCGCCUCUCAAGACGACAACGACCUCGAAUGCCCUCCUGUCGAACCGAUCCCCGAAACACCCGAACCAGCUUCCGCAUCACAGGCACCUCAGAUCACCGACCUGCAGCCAAUGCGGUGGUACUCGCCGUUGUGGACCUCUGCGGUACCCGGCACCUCGACAGAUGUCCUCUGCUACUCACUGCCCGCGCAGAUCUCGCCGACAGUAGUGCACAGGGACCACACCACCGUAGGAGGCCCCGCUUCCCCCACCACCACCACCACCGGCUACGCGGGGACGGUGGGAGAAGGGGGUGGGGAGGAGCACCUUCCCCCCUCUACCGCCGCCGCCAUCAAAAGUGAAUGAAUGGAGCCCGAUCGCGCGCUCAUCGUUUCCAGUCUGUUGGUCAGUAUGAGCAUUGAGAACGGUGAUAAACGGUGAUCUAAUAUGUAUGCACAUUUAAAUUUAAUAUCGAGUGGCCUGGCUGGCUCAGGUGUGGUGUCAGUUUUCAGGUCUCAACUAAUAAUACUAAUGAUAUAAGAACAAAUAUAAGAAAACAAGUCUUGUUCUGUGUAUAUCUCCACCGUCGUCUCUGUGGUGAGGUUCACUUGAAAUUGUCAGCAUUCUUUGUAAAUAACAUUCAACCAAUGCUGAAUCGCAUUUUAUGCUUGUUACAAGUAUCUUCUUUUAGAGCCAGACCACAUUAAACACUUUUGCAGGCGCCAACCCAAUCAGCCAAUCGGAGAGCUUCCUGUCCUGUCGACACUGAAAACGCCUGAAAAACGCUUAAGAGCCUGUUCACAUGACAGCGAUUUACGCUCGGUUGUCGCGCGGUUGACCAACCGAGCGGUUGCCAGGUAUAGGGAAAAACAUGGUGCCGUACACAUGCAAUGCUCGGUUUGAGCAGUCGCCGGCGAAUCGCGGCGGUUGUAGUCUCCAGUCCAACCGCUCGGUUGUCGCUCGGUUGCCGGGCAUGAGAGCGUACACAUGUCUUGAGUCAACCGAGCGGUUUCGAGCAGAGCAGUUCACAUAGUGCCCAUUCUAUUACAAUUUCAGUUCAAUUAAAUUUUAUUCCAUUACAAUUUUCAGUUCAGUUAGCUAGUAAGUUAGUUUGUAGAGGAUCAUAUAUCAUAGUAGGGUAAACUAGCCCGUUGGGACACCAAAAUUCAAACAGCUAUAAAUUGGACAAAAAUAACAAAAAUAUUCAUUUUUUAAUUUCAUAUUGAUUGUAUUUGCUUACACUUUCAUGGCAACUGCAUUGAUUGUCAAUUAAUCUUUUUAUUGCAAAAACGAUUUUUAAAAAUAUAAAAAAGUAUAAACUCAAUCUCCCCCUUUAAAACAUAAUUGAACAAAAUCUUAUAGGUUAUUUAGGUACAUAAUAGUUAUUUUGUUGUUUUGUCAUUGUUGUUAAAUAAAUAAUGAGUUAUUUUUAUACAUUUUUAGUAAAUUGAAUAGCUUUUUCAAAAAUUGACAUUUUCAGAAAAUGUUUGUUUUAUUCAAUCAACAAUACCAUUAAGAAUUUAUCUUCCAAAUCUCUUAUCGUAUUUGAAUAAUGUUCUGU